AUGGAUGAAAAGACAGAAAAGAAUCCAUCCGUAGCUGGCUCUAUUGAAAAGAUUGACAUUGAACAUGCCAGCACAUCAGAAAACAAGAGAUUCAUAGGCACACCUUCAGAGAAGAAAUUAGUCAAAAAGAUCAACUUGGCAUUUGCUCCGUUCUUGUGUCUCAUCUUGUUCAUUCAGUUUUGCGACAAAACAACGCUGUCCAUAGCUGCCAUUCUUCCACAAUUCUACAAAGACACUCAUAUCACUCAAGAUCAAUACUCUUGGAUAUCAUCCAUCUUUUACUUGGGCUAUCUUUGCAUGCAGAUAUUCAACAACUACAUGCUCCAGAGAUAUCCUAUAGCCAAAUUUGUGGGCAUCGUGCUUGUCAUUUGGGGCGCUACUUUGCUUUCCAUGGCAUGGGCAACCAAUUUUAGUCAACUGGCCGCACUCCGUUUCUUACUUGGCUUCUUUGAAGCUGUGACAUAUCCUGCCAUGUUUCUACUCAUUGCCACUUUGUACAGACGGUCAGAACAGGUCAUUUGGUUUGGUGUCAUGUUUAUGAGCAAUGGAUUAGCUGGUAUUCUCGGCAGCAUCAUUGGCGUUGGCGUCUUGCAAAUGCCUACUGUAGGCAGCAUCUCUCCCUGGAAGUGGUCCAUGAUCCUCUUUGGCUCUUUCACUUGCCUUUUGGGCUUCUUUUACUUUGUGUUCUUGCCCGAUAGACCUACAUCACGCUGGUUCAGAUUGACAGAAGAAGAGAAAGAGAUUGUGGAAGAACGCGCUCGAGAUAAUGCCGUUGUUCCUACUGUUGCCAUCAACUAUGCUCAAAUCAGAGAAGCAAUCCGUGAACCUCGCUUCUAUUGCUACACUUUGAUCUCUUUGUUCGGUAACUUUCAGAACGGUGCGCUCACUAAUUUCAGUACAAUCAUCAUUAAAAAUCUCGGCUUCACUGGCGUUAGCACCAUCUUAUUGAAUAUUCCUAGCGGUGUUAUGACAAUCUUACUGAUUGCUCUGUUUACGUUCAUCAGUAAAAAGAAAAACGAAACCAUCUACGUUGCUAUUGCUGCUACGACAGUCUCCUUGGUAGGUUUGAUCAUCUUGACAGCCAUUCCUGACGGCGGUGGAAGACUUGCUGGUUUGUAUCUUGCCUGGGGCAGCACUCCUGCGUACUUGCUCAUGCAAGCUUCAAUCACCAGUAAUGUGUCUGGAUACACAAAGAAGAUUUUCUAUACCUCUGUCAACUUGAUCUUUUAUACCUUUGGCAACUUUAUCGGUCCUCUUUUGCUGGUUGAAAAGGACUCUCCUCGUUAUCUCACUGGAAUGGGUGUCUAUGUUGCCUGUAAUAUCAUCAACAUCUUGUUGUUUCUUUUUAUUCGCCACAGCUAUGUCAAGGAGAACAAGAAGCGUCAAGUUGGCAACGAGUUAUCUAAUGUCGCAUUGCCUGGUGAAUUGGAAGACAUGACAGACGUUGAAAAUAAGUAUUUCGUCUAUCGCCCUUAG